GAACUGUCAAAUAUUAUAUCUGAGCAUAUGGUUUCUCAAAUCAGCUGUUACCGGCACUCGCCAAUAAAAAAAACACAAAUAAACAAAUAUUAUGCGAUCACUGCCAUUUCUCCAUCACUGAAAUAACCGACAGACAUAUUGCAAAAUGAUCAACACGGGCAAAUUGGCUGGACGCACUUUAUUUAUAACAGGUGCAUCACGCGGUAUUGGUAAGGCUAUAGCAUUGAAAGCGGCUCGUGAUGGUGCAAAUAUAGUGAUAGCUGCUAGAACAACUGAAGAAAAUUCCAAACUUCCUGGCACAAUUUACACAGCCGCACAUGAGGUAGAGAAAGCAGGCGGCCGCGCACUUCCUUGUGUUGUGGAUAUUUGUGAUGAAGAGCAAGUGCAUGUAGCGGUUAAUGAUGCUGUGUCUCGAUUCGGCGGCAUUGACAUAGUGGUUAAUAAUGCCUCCGCCAUUUCGUUUACCAAUACUGCAGCCACAACAAUAAAUAGUUUGGAUACAAUGUAUAUAACCAAUACGCGUGCUGCCUUCCUGGUUUCGCAAGCUUGUAGACCCUAUUUAAUACAAAGCGAAUAUUCGCAUAUUUUAAAUAUAUCGCCACCGUUAAAUUUGGAUCCAAAAUGGCUCGCACCUCAUUUAGGUUAUACCAUAGCAAAGUAUGGCAUGUCUAUGUGCGUGCUCGGUAUGUCAUAUGAGUUAAGCGAUAUGUCAGUGGCGGUAAACGCAUUGUGGCCACGUACUUCAAUAUGCACAGAAAGGAUCAAAGCACUUAUGGGACCAGAAUUUCUUAAGCGGACACGUAAAGUAGAUAUUAUGGCAGACGCUGCUUAUGCAAUGCUUAUACGUGAGCCACACGAGUUUACUGGCCGCUUUCUACUUGAUGAAGAAAUUUUAACGGAAGCUGGUAUAAAAGAUUUUGAUCAGUAUGCUAACGAUCCUUCCGUUGCAAAUGAACUGAUGUAUGAGUCUUUCGUGGAUGUGCCAGAGGAUAGAAUUAUACCUUAUAUUAAUCGAGAUAUACCGGCAUGGAAGUCUGUAUUAGCAGCAAGAAAAGCGAAAGAAAAUAUACAAAAUGAACAUGGAGAAGAUGGUAAAAUUCCCAGUUUGUUUAAAAAAAUUGAACCGUUAAUUUCAACGGAACUUGUACAAAAAACAAAAGCAAUCUAUCAAUUUAAUAUCAUCGGUAGUGAAGAUGGUGUUUGGUAUCUUGAUUUAAAAAAUGGUGAAGGUGCUUGUGGUAAAGGUGUACCAAAUUCGGCACCCGAUGCAACAUUUACAAUGAAAACGGAGAAUUUUUUCGACAUGUUUGCUGGCAAAAUUAAGCCGUCAACAGCAUUUCUAAUGGGUGAUAUGAAAAUUUCGGGAGAUUUGAGUAAAGCGCUGAAAGUGGAAAAACUCAUGAAAGCGCUUAAGUCGAAAAUUUAAUGAGAUUAGGGAUAAAUCGAAAGUGCAACUUUUUAUUUAUUAACAUUGUUUUAAGUUUGUUCAUAUUAAAUAAAAAGAAUAACUUAUAAAACAAAAUUGUUAAUAAAAGUGUGGAGGAAAUUAU